AUGUCUAGCCAGAAGCAGAUUGACCCGAAGAAGCAGCAGGAGCUUCAGGGCCAAUACACCAACUUCAAGAACACCCUUCAGCAAUUGGCACAGAAGAUUGGCGAUAUUGAACAAGAAGCAGAAGAGCACAAGCUUGUGAUCGAAACCCUUGAACCCCUGGCCGCAGACCGAAAAUGUUUCCGCAUGGUGAAUGGCGUUCUCGUUGAGCGCACCGUCCAGGAUGUGCUUCCCACACUCAAGACCAACUCGGACGGGCUGAAGCAAGUGAUUGACGACAUGCUGAAGCAAUACAAGGCAAAGCAGACUGAGUUGGAUAACUGGAAGAAAAAGAACAACAUCCAAGUUGUGCAGCCUUAG